AUGCAGUACGUCAGGAGCAUUAGUGGCUCAGUCUCGAAAACAUGGAAUUCGAUCAACCCGGCCACACUUAGCGGUGCUAUCGAUGUGAUAGUGGUGGAGCAAGAGGAUGGCACACUGGCAUGUUCGCCUUUCCAUGUCCGGUUUGGGAAGUUCUCCCUGCUACGGCCAUACGAGAAAAAGGUCGAAUUCAAGGUCAACGAUGUCAAGCAGGACUAUGCUAUGAAACUUGCGGAGGGAGGGGAGGCCUUCUUCGUUUUCGAGACCAGUGAUAAUAUCCCAGAGGCUAUGCAGACCUCGCCGUUGGUCUCCCCAGCGUCUAGCCCUCCCUUGGUACCUGAAGGAACCGAAGCAUCGAAUCUCUCUGAGCCAGACUUCUUGGAUUUAGAUGUGCUCGGAGGAAAGCCAAGAUCCGGCAGUCUGGCAGCUAGACCUGGGGCAGGAGUGCUUUCCAGCUCUGCGCCCAGAAGGCAGAGCAAUCUGAGCUCGUUGACACCCUUAUCCGGCUCUCCAGAAUUUACGAAUUUACGACCGGUAUCAGGAGAUUGGUCGGGUGUUCUUACUGGCCGGCCUCAUAGCGACGAUAUUCUCCCAUCCUCUGCCCGCACACAUCUUACAGACUCCACAGAGCGGGAACGACAAACAAGAUCCAUGACCCCCACCAUACCUAUACACGAUGGGCAGUCCGAAAGAUCCAUUAGUCCUCCGCCUUUGCCCACUAGAGAGGCUAUCGAGCGUGCGGUUGCGCUUUCCAACAAAUUGUCUGCCUCCAACAUCCCCAGCCAGGUGACUGAUACCGGCGAUCUGAUGCUAGAUAUGACAGGCUACAAGAGUAGUGAUGAUGAUGCGCUCCGAGCUGAAGUCAUUGCGAGAAAGAUAUUAUCGGAGGAAUUGGAGGGCAAUUACGAUAUUGGAGCUCUAAUCGGUGCAGAUGAGCAUGGAAAUUUAUGGAUAUAUAGCAGCGAAGAGGCAAAAGCAGCAGCGAGUCAACGAGCAGCGAUGGCAGGAAUCCCGAACGAUGCGAUUUCGGACCCUGGAUACCAUAGCGACGGAUCAGAAACCGAGAAAACCAAUCUCAUACCUACUCACCGUCGAGCAGAUUCAGAUAUGGGAAUGGAAACACCUCCUCAGACUCCCCCUGGGCCAAGUGGUGAUCCCAACCGAAACUAUGCCAAAACACUCCGUCUGACCAGCGACCAACUAAAGGCUCUCAAUCUCAAGCCUGGUCCGAACGCUAUGAGCUUCACGGUCAAUCGUGCAACAUGUCAGGCAUACAUGUAUCUGUGGCGUCACGACGUGCCGAUUGUUAUUUCUGACAUUGAUGGAACAAUCACAAAAUCAGACGCCUUGGGGCAUGUAUUCAACAUGAUUGGUCGUGACUGGACGCACAUUGGUGUUGCGAAGCUCUAUACCGACAUUGUCAACAAUGGGUACAACAUUAUGUACCUGACAUCUCGUUCCGUUGGGUUGGCAGAUAUGACCAGAGCAUUUCUCAGCAGUGUUUCUCAAGAGGGCUAUAAUCUUCCUCGAGGGCCUACACUCAUGAGUCCAGAUCGGACGAUCGCAGCUUUGAGAAGGGAGCUUUACAUACGAAAGCCAGAAGUAUUCAAGAUGGCUUGUUUACGAGAUAUCAAGAACUUGUACGGGCCCGAUCGGACGCCGUUCUCUGCAGGCUUUGGCAACAGACUAACUGAUGCCCUCUCCUAUCGAUCCGUCAGUAUCCCCAGCAAUCGCAUCUUCACCAUCAACAGCUAUGCAGAGAUCUCGUUGGACUUGCUGCACCUGAAUAAACUCAGAUACAGCUAUGUAAACAUGCGUGAGGUCGUGGAUCAUUAUUUCCCGCCCGUCAACACACUCGUCAAGGGUGGUGGUGAGGAAUACACCGAUUUCACAUAUUGGCGAGAGCCAGUACUGGAUAUUGAUGAGUUCAGCGACUCUGAGAGUGACGAGAGAGAUGAUGAAGGCAAUGAGAGCGAUGACGAGGAAGAGGAAGAAGAGGACGACGAGGAUGUUAAUGAUGAAUUGGGAGAUUCAUAUAUCUCAAGAGACUCGAUUGACGAUGAUAAUGACGAACACGGUCUCGACGAGAGCAUACUAUCGGGUUCUGUCGACGAGGAGGAUGUAAUGACCAGCAGCAUGCUGGAAGCUGAUGACGAAGAUGCUGAAGAGAGUGGACGUGAUGAUACAGUGGAAUUCUCAGCCGCUGUAAUACCCGCCAGUGAGCAAUCCAAGCGAGACUUAGAAGGCGAGAUAAUCACUGGCAUGGAAGGUCUCGGUCUGGUGCAAGAGCCUUCCAAUAGCAAGAAAGUGUGA